UGGAGGAGGAGACAAUGGCACAGAGAUCCCCACCAUGGAGCCGGCCUGUCCCUGUGCUGAUGACAUAACUGGGAGCCAGAAAAAACAUUUGACCACUUGUUGUCAUCUGAAGUAAACUGGAGGCCGAACUGAAAAACAUUGAGAACACUGAGAAACAAGGAUCUGAGGGUAGAGGUCCAAGUGUGGCUGAUGUUCAGCAGCUGGAUCACAGAGCAGGAGAAGACAAUGGCACAGAGAUCCCCAACAUGGAGAAGGCCUCUGCUUGUGCAGGUGGCCUUACAGGAAGCAUUUUGAGAGAACUGGAGACCAAACUGAAAAACACAGAGAAACAAUUAGAGGAUCUGAGGGGAGUGGUCCAAGGUAAUCGCGUGGCAUUAGAGGAUCUGAGGGGAGUGGUCCAAGGUAAUCGCGUGGCAUUUGGAGCAUCAAUAGACAACAAUGGAAAUAUUGGACCUUUUAACACUCACAUCAUACUGACCUACAAGAAUGUGUACUCAAACACAGGCUCAUACAACCCUGCAACAGGCAUCUUCACUGCUCCAGUCAGAGGAGUUUAUUACUUCAGCUACUCUGGCCAUAAUAGUUCAUCUAGACCAAUGGGGCUGCACCUGAUGAAGAAUGGAGCACAUAUGGUUAUGGUGUACAACCAUGCUGCAGGAAACCGCUGGGAGACAGCAACCAAUGGCAUGACUCUACAGCUGGAAGUUGGAGAUCAGGUGUACAUGAGACUCAUUGCGAACACCUGGAUUUUUGAUAAUGGUAAUCGCCACAGCACCUUCAUUGGCUUUUUGUUAUUCCCUCUGUAAGUGAAAGGGGAGUGCAGUGGUUUCUAUCUAACCUGAUGGUGUUAAAUGAAACAUUCCAUUUCAUUUUAAAUGUGUCCAACAUUUCCAGCAAGAUGCUCUUGGCUGUGUUCACCAGCCACUCUGUAACCUUCUCUGUUAGCUGUUUGGUGCUGGGCAGAUAAUGUUGAGUGUCUUUAUCCAAGAUUUGUGUAAGUAAAUGUUUGCUUAAGUGUUGAUGUUGAAGGUAGAAUCAUUGUAAAUAUAAAAAAUAGUAAUGCAUAUCAAGAGGAAUUCCUGUUGAAAUGUGUACAUUGAGGAAUGCAUAUUCAUUGAUAUUAUGUUUGCAUUAAAAGUGUUUUUUAUCCAUAAAGCUACUCUG